AUGAAAAUACUUUGUCUCCAUGGCUUCGGGACAAAUCCGGGUGUCAUGAAGCGUCAGAUGUCGCCGCUGAUCAAGCACUGCGACCCUACAUGGCAAUUUCAUUUUCUGGCAGGCAAGGUAGAAUGUCCAGCGGCGCCAGGCGUUGCCGGCGCCUUUCCUGGUCCCUAUCUCUGCUGGAGUUUAGACUUUGAUGCACUCACCACCAGAGCAGCCCUUGAUCUGAUUCAUGAAGCGUUUCAGAGUGAAGGCCCUUUCGAUGGGGUCUUCGGAUUCAGCCAAGGGGCCUCCAUAAUAGCCACCUAUCUCCUUGAGCAAGCGGAUCUAUAUCCGGACAGACCUUUGCCAGUUCGGUUUGGGAUUUUCUGUUGUUCGCCGCCAAUCGUCACAGCAGACCAAGCCUAUAUUCAGAAUCUAUACGGCACGCUCUCUGCUGAGGACAUCCAACGCCUCCGGUCAGCCGAGGACGAUCAAAUAGCCCAACUUCCAGACCCAGUCCGGCGUGCGGCAAUCAUGCUACUGGGGGGAUUAGCUGCCACGGAACCGGUCCAUGGUAAACCAUAUUCACACUUUCUCGAUCGCCCCUCUUCUGAGAUCCCUUGUGUGGCGCUUCCAGAUCAGUAUGCGGCGCGUCUUUCCAUCCCGACGCUCCAUGUUUAUGGAAAGGAUGAUCCGCUAUCAAUGCAAGAAGCAAGUAUACUAAAUGGGUCUUUUUGCGACCCCAGGUGGCGAAAGUUUUUCAAGCAUAGUGCCAUCCACAAUCUUCCUCGCUCACCAACGGAGGCGAAGGAAAUGGUAUCGCUCAUGGAGUGGGUGAUUUCGCAGAGUCAACGAUCGCGGCUAUGA